AGUGACGUCACCAUCAUCUGUUCACUAAGGAGUAAGGGAGCUGGCAGAUUGCGGUCCAUGACUGAACGCAUCUUCUCUAUAAGGGCUUUUUCUUCUGUGUUAGCAGUAGAAUCCUGAAUCUUUUUUCUUCUGUGUCAACUGUGUGGCCCGUGAAGCAUAAUGGGAGAGCUAUUCCGCAGUGAGGAGAUGACCCUUGCACAGCUCUUCCUGCAAUCUGAGGCUGCAUAUUGCUGUGUCAGUGAGCUGGGGGAGCUGGGAAUGGUACAGUUCAGAGAUCUGAACCCCGAUGUGAAUGUCUUCCAGAGGAAGUUUGUGAAUGAAGUUAGGCGCUGUGAGGAGAUGGAUAGAAAGCUGCGGUUUGUGGAGAAGGAGAUUAAGAAAGCCAACAUCCCCAUCAUAGACACUGGUGAAAAUCCAGAAGUACCAUUUCCACGAGACAUGAUCGAUCUUGAGGCAACUUUCGAGAAGCUGGAGAAUGAACUAAAGGAAAUCAACACAAAUCAAGAAGCCCUAAAGAAGAAUUUCCUGGAGUUGACUGAGUUAAAACACAUCCUAAGACGUACCCAGCAGUUCUUUGAUGAGAUGGAAGACCCCAACCUCCUGGAGGAGACUUCAUCUCUUUUGGAUCCUAGUGAGGCUGGGAGAGGGGCCCCACUGCGACUUGGGUUUGUUGCUGGUGUAAUCAGUCGUGAACGUAUACCUACCUUUGAACGGAUGCUUUGGAGGGUUUGUCGUGGCAAUGUUUUUUUACGACUGGCUGAGAUUGAGGACCCCCUUGAGGAUCCCACCACAGGUGAUCAAGUUCAUAAGUCAGUAUUUAUCAUCUUUUUCCAAGGGGACCAACUGAAAAAUCGUGUGAAGAAGAUCUGUGAAGGGUUCCGUGCAUCCCUGUACCCUUGUCCUGAAACACCACAGGAGAGAAAGGAGAUGGCAGCUGGAGUCAGCACUCGCAUUGAUGACCUGCAGAUGGUGCUAAAUCAAACUGAGGAUCAUCGGCAGAGGGUUCUUCAGGCUGCUGCAAAAACUCUGCGUGUGUGGUUCAUCAAAGUGAGGAAGAUGAAGGCCAUCUAUCACACACUGAACCUCUGCAAUAUUGAUGUCACACAGAAAUGUUUAAUCGCAGAAGUGUGGUGCCCUGUCUCUGACCUGGACUCUAUACAGUUUGCCCUGCGGAGGGGCACGGAGAGAAGUGGAUCCACUGUUCCUUCUAUUUUGAAUAGAAUGCAGACCAAACAGACUCCACCCACCUACAACAAGACAAACAAAUUCACCUCUGGCUUCCAGAACAUUGUGGAUGCUUAUGGAAUUGGAACCUACAGAGAGAUUAACCCAGCACCCUACACCAUCAUCACCUUUCCUUUUCUAUUUGCUGUGAUGUUUGGGGACAUGGGUCAUGGUGUCCUUAUGACCUGUGCCGCCCUCUACCUGGUCAUCAGAGAGAGUCGCUUACUUGCACAGAAGCGUGACAAUGAGAUGUUUAACAUGGUGUUUGCAGGCCGGUAUAUAGUCCUUUUAAUGGGCAUAUUUUCCAUAUACACCGGAAUGAUCUACAAUGACUGCUUCUCCAAAUCCCUCAACGUGUUUGGCUCUGGGUGGAGCGUCAAGCCCAUGUUUGGCUCCAAAGGAGGAAACUGGUCGUUUGACACUCUUGAUGUAAAUCCAGUUCUGCAACUUGACCCAGUUGUACCAGGAGUAUUUGGCGGACCAUAUCCUCUGGGUAUUGACCCAAUAUGGAACAUUGCCACAAACAAGCUAACCUUCCUGAACUCAUUUAAAAUGAAGAUGUCAAUAAUUCUAGGGGUGAUUCACAUGUUGUUUGGAGUCACUCUUUCUCUCUUCAAUCAUCUGUACUUUAAGAAGCCUCUGAACAUCUUUCUAGGUUUUAUCCCUGAAAUUGUGUUUAUGAGCUGCCUGUUCGGUUAUUUGAUCUUGCUAAUCUUCUAUAAGUGGACAGCCUAUGAUGGGACCACUUCUAAAGAUGCUCCAAGUCUCCUUAUCGCCUUCAUCAACAUGUGUCUUUUUAACUACAACGAUCCAACUAAUAAAGCUCUAUACAAAGGACAGAUUGGGAUCCAGUCUUUGUUGGUGGUUAUUGCUAUGAGCUGUGUUCCCUGCAUGUUGGUGGUGAAGACUAUGGUGCUCCGCCGUCAGCACCUGUGGAAAAAGCACUUGUCCCAGAUGAGGGAGGCAAGCCCUGCUCAGAAAGUAGAAACAUUAGAGCAAGCAGGCACCAGCUCAUCCACCGGACUCACUCAACAGGGCACACAGAAGUUUGGGGGAGUCCGGGUCGGGAAUGGACCCACUGAGGAUGAGGCUGAGAUCAUUGAGCACGACCAGCUAUCCCAGCAUUCUGAUGACGCAGAUGAGCACUCAGAGGAAGAGCCGUUUAACUUUGGGGAUGUAGCUGUCCACCAGGCCAUCCACACCAUUGAAUACUGUCUUGGUUGCAUCUCCAACACUGCCUCUUACUUGCGUCUCUGGGCUCUUAGUCUGGCUCAUGCACAACUGUCAGAGGUGCUAUGGGGAAUGGUGAUGCACAUGGGACUGGCCUCUUCAAGUGGUGGUGGAUUCUUUGGUUUGUCUAUUAUUUUCCCAGUCUUUGCCACACUUACAGUGUGUAUUCUUCUUGUCAUGGAAGGACUGUCCGCCUUCCUACAUGCUCUGCGACUGCACUGGGUGGAAUUCCAGAACAAGUUCUACACAGGCCAGGGCUUCAAGUUUGUUCCCUUCUCAUUUGACAGUAUCCUGGAGGGCCGAUUUGAAGAGUAAAAUCACUCGUUACACUCCCAACAGAUGAGCAAGCAUUCAUAGCAUUCUCUGUUGCAUGGAUCUAAUUCUGAUAUUCCUAUUCCUAGAGUUUUUUAUGAAUUGUGUGUAAACUGUAACCUGACAUUCCAAAUAGGCACUAGAAAACCAUUGUGUUGGAUAUUUUAUGUUUUGUUCUUAGCAGAUUUACAUGGUUUCCAAAAAUACCAGUGUUCUGUGUUAUAUAUAUAAAAAUGUGUGAUAUUCUUAAACACAGUUACAGUUGAUGUGAAUACGAUGUUGAACAUCCUCAACUACAGUAAUUGAGGUCAUAUCAUGGUGUCAUAUUCAGUAUCUGUUUCUUUAGCAGUGGUGUUUGAGACAAGAAAAUAUAAUGUAACAUGCAAGAGACUAUAUUGAUAUUGAUAUUGAUAUUGAUAUCUAAAUGGUGAGCAUUGAAAUAAAUCCUGAUGCAUGAAUUGUUCUAGUGUAGUUGGUUGUUGACUUAAUGAAGCCAUUAAAUUUAAGAUGGAUAUCCUUUAAUAUCUGUGAGGGAAAAUAUAUUUCACAAUAAAAAGUUUAAAUCCUUUGAGAGAAUCACUCAAAAUAAGAAUGAUAUAAAAUAAGAAUUUACUAAUUUCAAAAUUUUCCCCUAAUUAUUAAAAAUCUUAGUGCAUUGUAAAAAGCACUUUUGCACUGUAACAAGUUAUAAAAGAUUCACAUGUCUCCAUGGAAAGGUCUCAUUAAAUUUUUAAUGGCCCUUGCAGAUCACUCUUUCUAUCAUCAGCAGUGCUUUUGGUAGUGGAACAUGACUGCUUUAGAAAAGGAAGCAGAAGCAGAUGUUUCCUCUGUAAACACAGAGAGCUGAUCAAGCUGAGAAUUCUUUAAGUCUGACUUCACUUUUCUCAAAAGGAAUGAGUGCAGUUCACAUUAUCAUUGCUUAUACAUUAGUGAGAACAUGGGUUCCAAUGUCCCCUUACAGUUCCUGAAUUACAUUAAAUCACUGAUAUCAGUGAUUUUUAAAAUAUAUGUAUUGUUGCCUUUAUUGGAAAAAUGUAUUUUUAAAGUCUAUUGGUGUAUGGACAUAUCAUAGAAACUACCCAUUGUAUAUUGGUGUUUGGGAAAAAGUACAUCUCUACAAGAAUUUCACUAUUAAAGAGUUCUGCUGGGUAAAUCCA